GAAACGGAGCCUCUUUACGACCGUGUUGAUGAUGUCACAAUGGCCAAACCAACGUCGCCUCCUAGUGGGGAUUCCACACAGGAAUUAUUCCACGGAAGUUACGCGAGGUUAUACGCACAGAAACCUGACGCGCGGCCAAGAUACCAACGACAAGCGUCAACGACCUCAAACUACAGAAGCCGCGCUUACUCUGCCACGUCAAGGGCAAGCGGCGGAGGGGGUACCCUUCGUAAAACAAUCGUGCACAAGAACGCUGAACGUCAUCUACGAAUAUCACGAACCGUUCUCACAUACGUUUGUGUGUUCGCUGUUUGUUGGCUUCCACAGAGGAUUGUAGCUGUUGUGUAUGUUGUUGAGGGCAUGGUUGGUUUAGGAGGCCACGCGUGCCAUGCAGUAUUCACAGCCACCAGAAUUCUCAGCUUUCUCAGUGUUUUGCUCAACCCUAUUGUAUAUGCGAUGACACAACGUGAAAUACGACAUUUUCUGCGACGAAAACUCGCAGGGAUGUGUAAAUGUAUCCACCCUGGCCGGGAAUCGAACCCUGACCCCCAGAACCGCGACGUGAACGUUUCGUUUGCGAACGCACGACGAGACUUUUCAGUUGUUGCUGAUCAUAAUAUAACGAGUGAUGAGAUUUCUAUGAAACGAGAGCGACACGCACGUAACAAAGAACGCUGGUCGAGGUUAAUGCAUAGAUUGGGGGGAAAAAACCUCCGCUUAUCGUUGACGGGUAGCGGGUUCACUUCCCCGGGUGAGAAGCAAAGUGACGGAACAAUAGAUGAAGACGAGGAGAAGGGUCAAAGUUCGAAAGGUCAAAGUUCAUCAACCUCAUUUAAAUUAAUUGGGGGUUGGGAAGAUUGGCAGCAGAUGAUUGACAUGGCUGAGGUUAAUAAAGGUCAAACCACUAACGAGGAAACCAUACUCUGAACUUUCGGGGCGGCGAAUGCAUGAGGAUACUGAUUUCAAGUCUCGUCGCUGCUACCAUUGUGGGCGAAUGUGGGCAAAACACUUAACAGCAAUUGAUCCAACCCAGUGGUCACUAAUGGGUUGUCUGAAUUGUCAGUCAUACAGAAAAACAAUCACCCACAAAGUUACAUACGUGAUAACUUGUAAGCGGGCACAAGGUGUAUGGAACAGAACACCCGUGUUAUAACGACUGUCGUUACCCUGCCAUGUGUUAAAUAAGUUACAUUCUUUAACCUCAAGUGACAUAAACGUGUGAAACCUCUACCAGACUACGGUCUAUUACUAUAGGUCGAUAGUGACCUCUGGUGGUCAUGUUUAGUUUAAAUCCCAACCACUUGGUGUUGUAUGGAGUCGUACCUCUUUGAGGAAAGUUCCAAAGUUGUUUUGUAAUAAAAAUAAAAUUAACAAUCAU